AUGACAGAGCUGGAAAUGUGGAGACUCAUCCGAGGUCGCACAUGCCAAUUCUGUGGGAAAAAAACGGCUCAUCAGCAGCGACUGUCGGUAUCUGAACCCUGGUAUGCCGGGCCUGGACUGGAUGGCGUCCGGCCUAUCUGGCCAUUUAGAGACGCAGAAUUGAUUGUCUCUACUUAUUCGGCAUUAAGGCCCGGUCUGCCUUUCGCGAUCUUGACACAGGAGUUGAGUUAUAUUCCAUCCACGGUCAUCCAGCAGAAGUCACCCCCUCCAAACCUGGAUCUGGUCAAAUACUAUUUCCGACCUCAGUUUGAAGAACUUCAGUCCGAAUUCCAUGAUGUGAAGGAUUUAGGAGCUGCUGCAGUCGCAGAAUGGUAUAAAGGUCUUGAGACCGUUGGUCAGCAAAGCAACGCCGACGCUGCGCGUUUCGAGCAAUGGGAACUCCAAGGUGGUCUGUCAAGAGUGUCCACUGUACAGGGCCAAACUGGAAGCACCCUCAUUCCGUCGUCGAUGAGCGUUACGGCUCAUGCAGACCUCAUGCAAGCAUUUGACAAUAUCCAACAGAAUCCUCGACACCCAUCCGCUUCAACCCAAGGAUGGUCAUUGCCACAUUUCUCUGCAGCUCCGGGACCGCCCUUGGCAGCCGUCGGCCCUGGUCCUCUUGCCCAUCCAGCGCCGCCUGUCCAGCCUCCAGUGCGUCCUCCGCGGCAAAAGACCGAGCGUAGUUUGAAAGAGGCAAAAGAGGCAAGGGCUGAACGCCGGAAAGAGAUUGAAAGACGCUGCCUUGCUCUCGAGCCCCCAAUCAUGCCGUCAACGCUGGCUUACAUGGAUGCGUUUCAAGCUGCGAUCUUGAUCUCACGUCCACUUGAUGACAAGGCAUGGGAGAUAUUGAAACCGCGUCUUCUAGCGCAACGUGCAGAUGCCGAACACCGAGAGAGUAAACUUGCACUUCGAGAUCCGAACAUACAACUCCAAAAGCGUCAGCAACUGGAAGAGGAGCAGCGUGUUGCGCAGGCAAAUGCAAGCCACAUGUGGAUCGAAUUGAAGAUCCCUGCAAGAGACAAGCUACAGAGAUAUGCCCAGGAUUUCAUACAACAGACAUGGUCGGAUGGUCGUGCUGUCACAAGGGCGACUGCAAGUAAGUUCGCUGCGGAGGUCCUUUGUCAUGUGCGACAACGCUUCGACGAGGUCGUAGCUCAAGAAGAUAGAAUGCUCGAGCUGAAAGGAACCGCAUUUCCGCAGGACCAGGCGUCCCUUGCCUGCAGGAAAUUGACACUCGAGGAUAUGAAAUGGGUCUAUGAAGAAUUUGUGAAGCCUCACACCGACAAAUUUGGAAAAGAGCUUUUCCUCUGCCACGUGUGUGACAUCAACCAAAAGCUCUUCGCAUUCGAAGCGGUCAUUCAGCACUUUGCUGCAAAACAUACGAACUCUUUCAGCAGUGGUAACAGCAUCGUGUACUGGAAAGCGGAUUGGCCGCUCGAGCCCCCCUUCGAUCCACAUCCAAACAUUCCAUGGGCUCUCGAGGUAACUGGCACUAUGUCUCGUAUGCAACCACAUCAACAAGCCCGCCAGGGAUUCCCAACUCGCGGCCCGCCGUCGUCAAUCGAGAGUGGACCUAAAGGUUCGGACACGUUUCUCCAACCUGUUACAGCAUCACAGUGGUUCUCUGGAUCAUCACAACACAUCAACCAGAAUAGCUAUUCGGCGUCGGCGAGAAUGCACUCGCUUAACGCUGGACGCCUCCCUCCAGGACUCGAAACAAGAGACUUUCGGGAUAGUGUUGCCGGCUCCUCCAUUGCUAGAUCCGAAGUAUCUGGAUAUACCAACGAGGACGAACCUGGGCCUCGUUACCAACACCUGACAUUUACGCGCCCCGCCCCCUCCAACAUUCAAUACUACCAAGGGUCAUAUAGUGGCGGUAAAGCUGGUGAUGAAAUAAACAGGAGUCAUUCAGGCAAAGCGGUUCCUCGACGGGAGGAACCACACCAUUCUUUCGAGACUGGACGUGGUUGGGAAACUUGGAAGCAGCAAGGGCCUAUCUCCCACGGUUCCAUGAUCUAUUCGUACGGAGACGGCUCUUCCAGGUUUUCGUACGGGGAGUCUCUACAAAGAGACGGCGGGACCUCGGUCGAUGGAACAUCUGAGGCUGGGAGGGCUAGCAAAGCCACCAGCCGCUUGUCUUUGCGGCGGGAAACACCUUCCGAAUCAAGAGCGCCAACCAGCGAGAUCGAGACCUCGAGAGACCAAAUUCACCAGGCCGCAACCAACGCAGCAGUGGAGAAUUUCCUAAAUAACUUCAGUCCCAUGGUUGUUGAAGAUAGUAUGGAUGCCGCGAAAGACGUUGCUGCGACCGCGCAUGCAAUUGACCUACAGCAACCCCGCAAUGUGCCGGGAUUACACUCGACUGGUAUUUAUCCUCAGCAGCAUGAGAUCCGGGAGGGUUUGGACAGCCGCGCAAUGGGCCGCGUCUCUCCUCCUUCUCGACAAAGGCGACCUCUCCCCAUAAGAGGGCAUGAACGGCCGACUGUGUGGGCUGACGACCCUCCAACGCAGCUCCGCUAUAGCCCUAUGCCACCAGACCGCGACCGUGAGUUUACUAGGGAAUUGGCUCACAGUGGUAGAUACGAGGGCUCCGGACGAACACUCCAAAGCCGCUACGAUGCUCCAAAUGAGAGUAUGCGGGAUGUGGCCGCAGGCUACGCCAUGCCUUCAUACGAGCCUCAGUAUUUCUACAGUCAUGACGGAAGACGAUAUGUAGAACUAAGUGAACAGAGUAUGGAGAGGUAUGCACUUCGAGCCGGCGAUUUCUCCGAACGAUAUCAUGAAGUCCCGGAAGUUGGUGGCUCAGAUUACUUGGACAACAGACGGUACUUUCUAGAACGGCACCUCGAACACGACGACCGUGUCCGUGCUGCUUCCAGAGAAGAUCGACUUGGUGAUAAUAACUACCACUCCGCUCAGAUUCGAGGACCACCUUUUGAAUAUGAUGGUCGCUACUCUCACGAAGAAGUCACAUUUGAACCACACACGCGAAGUGGAAGAAUCAGCACUCGAGAGAUCACCUAUGAGCCAAUCGAGCAACCAAGGCGGUACACUCCACGAUCUUUUGGCACAGGUCGCUCUGGGGAAUGA